AUGCGACUUACACGGUCAAAGAAUCAAUCUCCCUCCGCCGACGCCUUCCCUACAGGUCAAUUUCUCGUUCUAGCAAUAUGUCGUCUAGCCGAGCCCGUCGCCAUCACCUCCAUUUUCCCCUAUGCCUGGCUUAUGGUCAAGCAGUUCGGAAUGGCUGACCCCUCCUUCUGGGCAGGCGUCCUCAUUGCCUCCUUCUCCCUCACCGAAGCUCUCUGCUCUUUGCUAUGGGGAGGGCUCUCGGAUCGCAUAGGCAGAAGGCCGGUUUUACUGUUCGGCUGCUUUGGGACCAUGAUAUCACUUUUGGUUGUUGGCUUUUCCACAAACUUUACCAUGGCUCUUGCGGGAAGAGUCCUUGGCGGGGCGCUCAAUGGGAAUAUUGGCGUGAUACAAACCGUGGUCGGGGAACUCACCACCAAGCCAGAGUGGGAGCCCAAGGCAUAUGCCAUCAUGCCGUUCGUAUGGGCCAUUGGUACCAUUAUUGGACCUGCAAUCGGCGGGAUUUUUGCAGACCCUGCAGCUUCUUUCCCAGAUGCCUUUUCUAAACAGGGGCUUUUUGGUCAUUUCCCUUGGCUUCUCCCGAACCUCAUCUGCGCUUCGCUCAUGCUCAUUAGCAUCCUCAACGGCUAUUUCUACCUGAAAGAGACCCAUCCCGAUCUCGGCGGGGCCGACGAUUCCUGCCUCUGCCAGAACAUUGCCGAACGGACCCGCGUGAUCACCGCCGCGGGCGCUACUGCUGACAAUGCUGUUGAUCUAAGGCAGGAAUCAUACGGGACAUUCAACGAAAUCGAUGUCCCCAAAAAUGAUCAAUGGCAGCUCCACACUGAUGGAACCUCUCGCGAACCCUCCAUAAGCGAGAAAGCAUCCCAAAAAUGGCUUACCAAGAAGAUCGUGAUGCUGACGUUGGCUCUCUCGAUCUACACGUACCAUUCGAUGUGCUAUGAUCAUCUCCUUCCCAUCUUCUAUCAGGAUAAGGCCGUCAACCAAAUCUCCAUUGCGGCUAGCGGCCUGGUGGACAUCCCGGGCGGCCUCGGGCUGUCCACUAGAGACGUGGGAGUCAUCAUGUCGGUCAACGGCGUGAUCGCUUUGUUCAUUCAAGCUGUUACUUUCCCCUUCGCCGCCGAGCUUCUUGGUGUUUGGCGAGUUUUUGUUCUUGUCACCAUCUUGCAUCCAGUGGCGUUUUUCAUCGUCCCAUAUUUGGCACUCCUUCCCUCAAACCUGCUCUACCCAGGUAUUUACACCUGCCUGACGAUCCGAAACUUCCUCUCCCUUCUCGAUUAUCCGGUAAUUUUGAUUUUACUCAAACAGGCGAGUCCGUCUCCUGCCUGUCUGGGACGCAUCAAUGGCCUAGCCGCUUCGGCUGGUGCCGCUUGCAGGACUGUGGCACCGCCUAUUGCGGGUUUAUUGUAUGAAUGGGGCUCGAAUAUCGGGUUUACUGGUCUGGCGUGGUGGUGCGCGGGUUUUGUUGCUAUCAUUGGCGUUUUCCAGUUGUGGUUCGUUCCAAGGGAGAGGAACGAGUCGGCUGUGGUCAAGUCAAUUGUCCCAUGUAUGGAGAACUCGACCGGAGAACGCGUCUCGGACGUGGUUGAUGUUACUGUGGUUGGCGACGAAGAAUGUGCCUAA